AUGCAGUCAGUUGGCAAUCGAGUUGGAGUGCAAGAACCCUUUUUAAUGUGCAUGGCUCAUGGUGCUCCAAUGCGCACCUCAACCAGAUCAAGAGAUAGCACAAAAGGCUUGCAAGGAAAAUUGGACCAUAGAGUUGGGAUGUCAAACCAUAGUGUUCUUUCAAAUGAACAAAUGGUUCGGGUGUGCAAGCGAUUCUAUGUUGCUCUCAUCUUGUCUAAACUUGUGGAGGAAGUAUCUGUGCUUAAGGUGUGUGAAGCCUUUAAAGUGGCUCGAGGCAUGGUUCAAGCCUUACAAGAGAACGCUGGAAGGUUUGCAUCUAUGGUUUCCAUGUUCUGUGAGAGGCUUGGUUGGCAUGAUCUUGAAGGUUUGGUUUCCAAGUUCCAAAAUCGUGUUUCAUUUGGAGUCAGAGCAGAGAUUGCAGAGCUCACUACCAUUCCAUAUGUUAAAGGUUCUCGAGCUAGAGCACUCUAUAAAGCUGGUUUCCGCACGCCUCAAGCAAUUGCUGAAGCAUCAAUUCCUGAAAUUGUCAAAGCGCUUUUUGAAUCUUCUUCAUGGGCCGGACAAGAAGGUUCAGCACAAAGGCGGAUACAAUUGGGAGUAGCCAGGAAGAUAAAGAAUGGUGCCCGCAAAAUUGUUCUUGAUAAAGCCGAAGAGGCAAGGCUUGUUGCCUUCUCAGCUUUCAGAUCACUUGGACUUGAUGUUCCCCAGUUUUCGAGACCCUUAUUAUUGACUGCUGCUGCCAAUACCACUCAGAAAGAAGCAACUACCUCUUAUGGGAAAGAGACGACUAGUAGCUCUGUUGCUUUAGAGCAUAGAAAGCCAUCCACAAAAGGAAUUGAAAAUUUGAAAGUUAUCUCAGAAAUUGUUGCAGAGAAAUCAACAAAAACAUCAGGUAUUGGCUUUGGGCCUUCAGCAGGAGCAAACUCAUCUAGUAUCAUGCCAAGUGACUCAGGCGCUCAAAAUCCUUUAGUAGUGAUUGAAGGGUCUGAUAAUUGUGAGCUUCAUGCAUCUGUCGAUUGUAUCAGUAAUAUGGACACCACCCUCUUUUUACAGGUAACAAGUACUAGUACUGAAAAUAGGGCAAUUGAUGAGCAGUUUGAUCAUGUUAGGCAGACACAGGACGCGAGAGGAAAUGCUUGUCUGGGCAGUAGGGGAGAUGCAUUUGGGAAGGGACCUUUGAAAGCAGUUAAUACUCCUGGUGGAUUUGAUUCUUUCUUGGUUUUGUGGGACACUACUAUAGAGUUCUAUUUUGACAUUCACUUUAACAAAAGAUCUGAAGUGCAAAACAUUGACCCUUUUGAAAUACAUGGCAUAGCAAUUUGUUGGGAAAAUUCUCCAGUUUACUAUAUUGAUAUUCCCAAGGAUUUAUUCUGGUAUGACAGCAGAACAGUUGAUGGUAACUUGACAAAUAUUUCUGGUGACACCAGAGAAGUUUUAGCACCACAUCAUCAGUUGGAAAUGGCUACAAAAAGAUGGAAUAAAAUUGGCAUGAUAUUGGGGAAGAAAGAUGUUAAAAAGUUUACCUGGAACCUAAAAGCUCAGAUUCAGGUGUUGAAAAGUCCUGCCGUUUCCAUUCAGAGACUGGGUAGCCUGAACCCUUCUGUUAGAAGUAUGGGUUUGGAACUUGUUGAGAGGUUGUACCAUAUGUUGUCCCCUGUUUAUGUACAAGAUGCCGUUGACAUGUGCAUCGUAGCAUGGAUCCUUUGGCCUGAUGAAGAGAAAAGCUCUAAUCCCAAUCUGGAAAAGGUAGUGAAGAAAAGGUUAUCCACUGAGGCAGCAGCAGCAGCUAAUCGGUGUGGAAGGUGGAAAAAUCAGACGCGAAGAGCAGCACAAGAUGGUUGCUGCCGUCGAGUUGCACAAAUACGAGCCUUGUGUUCUGUUCUCUGGAAAUUACUAAUCUCUGAAGAACUGAUUGAAGCACUCAUGACCAUUGAACUUCCUGUGGUUAAUGUUCUUGCUGAUAUGGAACUUUGGGGAAUAGGUGUUGACAUGGAGGGAUGCCUUCAGGCACGUCAGGUGCUGGGAAGAAAACUAAGGCAUCUUGAGAAGGAAGCUUACAGGCUGGCUGGCAGGACCUUUUCGUUGUACACGGUAUCAGAUAUUGCAAUUGUACUCUAUGAACACUUGAAGCUGCCCAUACCAGAAGGGUACAAGAAAGGGAAACAACACCCUAGUACUGAUAAGCAUUGUUUGGAUUUGUUAAGGCGUGAGCAUCCUAUUAUUCCUGUCAUUAAAGAGCACCGGACCUUGGCGAAACUCUUAAAUUGUACAUUGGGAUCAAUAUGUUCGCUUGCUAAGCUUUCUAUGAGGACACAGAAGCACACAGUGCAUGGCCGUUGGCUCCAGACGUCAACAGCAACUGGACGACUUUCAAUAGAGGAGCCUAAUCUUCAGUGUGUUGAGCAUAUGGUUGACUUUAAAAUGAGUAACAACAACGAAGAUGGAGGCGAUUCAGAUGCUAAUCAUUAUAAAGUCAAUGCUCGUGAUUUCUUUGUCCCUACUCAGGACAACUGGUUACUGCUAACAGCAGAUUAUUCUCAGAUAGAACUGAGACUGAUGGCUCAUUUCUCUAAAGACUAUUCAUUGAUUGAACUCCUCAGCAACCCCCAUGGUGAUGUGUUUAUCAUGAUUGCAGCGAAAUGGACUGGGAAAGCAGAGUCCACUAUUAGCUCUCAAGAGCGAGAUCAAACCAAAAGGUUGGUCUAUGGCAUGCUGUAUGGAAUGAGUGCUAAUACGCUAGCAGUACAACUGGAGUGCAGUUCGGAGGCUGCCGCAGUAAAAAUUAAAAGCUUCAAAAGCUUUUUUCCUGGUGUUGCCUCCUGGCUUGAAGACGCUGUCACAUUUUGCCGUCAGAAAGGAUACGUGGAGACUCUCAAGGGAAGAAAGCGCUUCUUAGCAAAAAUAAAAUUUGGAAACAGUAAAGAAAAAUCUAAAGCUCAGAGGCAAGCUGUGAAUUCAAUUUGUCAGGGAUCUGCUGCUGACUUAAUCAAAAUUGCAAUGAGAAAUAUCCACUCUGUGAUUGUUGAAAAUGCUGAGAAGUCUCAUUCUUUUGCCGCAUUUGCAGAAAAAUUUCGCAUGCUUAAAGGUCGAUGUCGAAUGCUUUUACAGGUACAUGAUGAAUUAGUAGUGGAAGCUGAUCCGUCUGUUGUGAAGGAAACUGCAUUUUUGCUGCAAAUGAGCAUGGAAAGUGCUGCCUCGCUUCUUGUUCCUUUGCACGUCAAGCUGAAGGUUGGGAGGACAUGGGGAUCUUUAGAGCCUUUCCUAGCCGAACCACAUACAGACGAAGUUGUUAUGCCUCAUUCUUAGGUUUCAAUGGUCUGCUGUUGCAUAUGACCCAGGUGACUUGCUUGAUAUUGGAGAGAAAAUGACAUCUGGGACCAAUGCUCGUAAGUAGUGCUAAUUGCAUCAUACUUGCUAUAAGAUCUUUAUAGGCAAGUCUGACAACUGAUAAGCCAGGGUUUAG